AUGUUUUUAUUUAAUAAUAUUUUAAUUAAUUUUAUUUUAUUUUGUCUAGGUUUAUUAGGUAUUAUCCUUAAUAGACAAAAUAUUCUUAUUAUACUUAUGUCAAUUGAAUUAGUUUUAUUAUCUAUAAAUCUAAAUUUCGUAUAUUUUUCUGUUUUUUUAGAUGAUAUUAUGGGACAAAUAUUUUCUCUAAUUAUUUUAACUGUAGCUUCGGCUGAAUCUGCUAUUGGUUUAGCAUUGAUGGUUUUAUUUUUUAAUAUUCAUGGUAAUAUUUCUAUAUAUAAAAUCCAUAUUUUAUCUUUAUAA